CAUUGAAGCGGCUUCUAGAUUCAAUUAAAUAUAAAUAUCAUAUUUUCAUCGUUGAAUUAAAUAUUUAAAUAUGCGUCGGUUGUUGCGUCGAGUGUUGCCGCUGCUGUUGCUGCUGCUGCUGCCGAUUUUGGUGCUGGGCGCGCACUUGAGUGGCGCGUCGGCUGCUGACAAGGAUGUGGCACCAGUUGGCGAUGUAAAAACGGAUUUGCUGUCAUUCGAGCAGGAAAUUGGGGGCUCUGCGGUGCGGGGCGGCGAGACCGUGCGGAAUGUGCUUCCGGGGCGGCGGAGGCGUGGCAUCUUCUUCAGCGGCGGGAUCAUUGGGUUUCCCUUCCUCAACUGGGGCAGUGGCUACUCCUGGUCAUACACCGGCUAUCCGUAUAACUAUUACGGCUCACCAUCGCCUGGAUAUUACGGCUACGGCAGUGGCUACUAUCCCGGCUACCUAGCGGGCUAUCAGAAAAUUAUCAUCGGCUAAUGCGGCUUUUUAAAGAGAAGCAAAACAAAAGCAACAAAAAAAAAAAAAUCGAUUAGGAUACCUUUCAGUGUGAGAUUAUAAAUAAUGCCCAGGCAGGACCGACGACCGACCCUCACGCAUUUUGUUAUUUUACUUAUUGUUGCUGCUUUUAAAUUAAUUUGCAGCACACAAAAAGUUGAGCUUAGCUGAAGAGGGGGCAAAGAAAGGAACAACAUGAAAUUGCACAAUUUAUAUUCAUUUUUGGGGGGCACAGAUUUUGCAUAAAUCAUUUCGCAGCCACCGAAAUGAAACGCGUAACAUAAUUUUUAACCCUUGAUAAUUUUUUAUGACAAGCAUUUUCGUUAUUUUCCUUCCACGGUCACCUUCUUUCCAUUUGUGGUGCUGUUGUUGUUGUUGUGGGCCGCAGCGAAAUGCAAAUAAAGCGGAUCAAAAGUUUGCUGUUAAAAGAAGAUUAAUUGCAAUUUGGUGGCAAGACCUGAAGCAUUUCGUCCCCACCCACAUCCAUCGAAAUCCGUUGCCCAUUUCGAGGGGGGCGGGGUUUUGUUGGUAAUUAAAUAUUUUUAAGCUGUAAAUGGUUUCCAUUUGCGUGAUGCUGUUCUUAUUUUGUAUUUGCAAUCAAUAAAAUUCAUUAAACGUACAACAAUAACAACUGAACGAACAAAAGAGGGAACCGAGUAAAAUCAAAUAAAAUACAUUCCAUUCCACCAUGGUCUUAGUUUCAAUUGCCACUCCGCAGUAAAUUGUUCUUCUAUAAGUGCUGUCCUGCAGUUGUUGCAGUUUUGCAAGUGGCUAUUGUUUAUUCAUUCUGCUUUAUAAUCAUUUUAUUGCCGAGGUAUGCUGAUUUUUUAAUCAAUUUACAUAAUUUAUGUAUUUUUUAUGAACUUCACUCCCAACGGGAGCAUAAUGGCAGUAUGCAUUCGGAUUCUGAUUUGGUAAAGAGAGGGAAUGUUCAGUUUUGAUAGUUGAUCUGCUAUAAUAUUGAAUUAUCCCUAUACGAACAGUUGUCACGUUGUAAAUCAUUGAAAAUUAAUUAUUAAUUCCACUGGGUUUUAUUUACAGCUAUGGCGAUUGUCAUCUCAAAAGUUAUAAAUAUGUUCAUUUAUUAAAUUGAAUGCAAA